AUCAUAGAUCAUACAAGGGGAAUGGAUGGAUAAAGCAUAUAGAGGACGUACGUGUAUUAUUGGGGCCUAGAUAGACAACGUACUUUUAUUAUCUGUCUUCUUUUGUGCCACGUGUUUCCUAUACCUUUAUCUCUCUUACAAGGACGUAAAUGAAAUUAGUUACAGAAUGAAAUUGGCUACAAAACGUUGUCAAUAAUAAGUGAGGUUAAAAUUAAUGGUUAUUUUUUCUAUGAUUGCUACUGUGUUUUGUGAACAUUUUAUGAUUUUAAUUUAGUGGCCUGGAAAUAGACAAAUUCUUUUUGUAUGUGUUUUGUAUAGUAAGUGAACAUUUAUUAAAAAUGGGUAAAAAGUGCAUUGUUUGUGGUGCUAAACCGGCCGAAAACAUCUUUUUGUCUUUUCAUUUGUUUCCUUCAGAUGAAAACCGUUGUGUUGCCUGGAAAAAAUCUUUGGGUUUUACAUGGGUUAAUCCAUAUGAUGUAGUUUGUUCAAAACAUUUUAAUGAAAGUGAUUAUGAAACUCUUUCAUUGUCAAAAAAGAAGUUAAAGUUAUCAGCCAUACCUUUAAAGAAAUUGGAGGAAAAGUCAGAUGUGAAGGAGUUUGUUGCUAAGACAUUUGAACAACCAGGAACUUCUAAAGUUCAAGAAAAAGAUGAAUCUAUGAUCAUUGUAUCUAGUGACUCAGCAGGUGCAAGAAAAGGUAAAAUAGUUUGUUUGAAAAUGGAUCAUGAAAACAAGACUCUUGAACAACCUGGAACUUCGUCUAGUAUUCAGGAAAUGGAUAAAUCCAUGAUAAUUGAUGUUGCAAGUCCAAAAAAAGACAAUGUUAGAUAUAUUGGUGAAUUAGAAGAAAGGCAUUUUAGUUCUCCAAGGAAACGCAAAAAAAAUAUAAAUUUUAUGAAAAACACUGUUGAGGGUUACAGAAAAAAAAUUAAAUUUCUACAAAAGAAGACAAAAAGAUUGGAACAAAAAAUUACCAAUUUCACUGAAUUAAUUGACGAAUUGAAGGCACUUAAUAUGCUAUCAGAAGAAGCAUCGAACCACUUAUUGGAUUCUGCACCAGAAUCAAUAAAGGAAGUUCUUAAUAGGCAAAUAAAAUCUAAAACAUCAAAAUAUACACCUGAAUUAAGAUCAUUUGCAUUGACGCUACAUUUUUAUUCGCCAAAAGGAUAUAAUUUUGUGAGGGAAAAAUUUAAAGGCAUGCUACCACACCCGAGCUCAAUUAAGAAAUGGUAUUCUGUUGUAAAUGGAGAACCUGGAUUUACGUCAGAAGCAUUUGACUCUAUUAAAGAAAAGGUGUCUAAAGGGGAAGUUGUUAUUGUUAAUCUUAUUGUAGAUGAAAUGAGUAUUAGACAGCAUAUAUCAUUUGAUGGAAAAAAAUAUGUUGGAUUAGUGGACCUUGGAAGAAACUUUUCCAGUGAUGCUGAUUCAGUUCCAGAAGCAACACAUGCCUUGGUAUUUAUGCUUAACAGUGUAAAUUCCCAUUGGAAAGUUCCAGUUGCGUACUUUUUUAUAAAAUCUUUAACUGGGGAAGAACGAUCAAACCUUUUAAAAACGUGUUUGGAAAUGAUUCAUUCCACUGGUGCAGAAUGUAGGAGCAUCACAUUUGAUGGGGCAUACACAAAUACAGCUAUGAUAAAACAUUUAGGAGCCAAUAUUGAUAUUAACAAACUGGAGCCAUGGAUUCAACAUCCAGUAACUUUGGAAAAAGUGUUUGUAUUUUUAGAUCCCUGUCACAUGCUCAAAUUGUGCAGAAAUACUCUUGGAGAUCGCAAAGAAAUCAGAAAUUCUACAAAUAAUCCAAUUAAAUGGGAUUUUCUUGUAAAUUUGCAACAUAUACAAGAAACCGAAGGCCUUUACAUUAGUAAAAUUACCAAAAGACACAUUAAUUUUCAAAAUGAAAAAAUGAAUGUGAGAUUAGCUGCUCAAACCUUAAGCGAAAGCACUUCAAAGGCUUUAGAAUAUUUAUUGUUAAAUAAUCCUAAAUUUAAAGAGUGUGCAGCUACAUCAGAGUUUUGCCUUAAUAUAAAUAAUAUAUUUGAUAUUCUAAAUUCCAGAAAUAGAUUUUCCAAAAAAAAAAUGAAUAGACCUUUUUCCAUCUAUACCAUUGAUUUUUUUAAAGAACAUAUUACUAGGUAUAUAGAUUAUUUAAAAAACUUAAAAGAAAUUAAUGGAGCACUAUUAGUUAAAAGUAACAGAAAAAUAGGCUUCCUAGGAUUCAUUAUUUGUUUAAAAAAUAUAUUAAACUUGUAUGAAGAAUAUAUUGUUACUAAAAAAAUGUCAUAUAUUUUAAGUUAUAAAAUAAACCAGGAUCCUUUGGAAACCUUUUUUUCUGCAAUAAGAAGCAGGGGUGGAUUUAAUAACAACCCUUCAACAAUGCAAUUUCAAUCUGCCUACAAGCGACUACUAGUGCGCCAUGAAAUUUCAACAGCUGGUAAUUGCAUUUCAAAUAUACCUAUUUUAUCAAAAUCGAAAAGAGAAAUUUCUGACAAAAUAGUUAAUGACUUAGAAGUGGAAGACGUUGAUGUUGAAGAUCAUGAUUAUUGUGUUUCUAAUAGUAAUAUAUCCCAAUAUGUUGAAAAUGUUUUGGAAUAUAUGGCAGGGUAUGUUGUUAAAAAAAUUUUGGAUAUAAUAGAAUGUUUCAUCUGCAAAAUGGAACUUUUAGCAGAAACCGACAAUUAUGUCUUAAUAAAUAUUAAAAGUAAGGGCGGGCUUGUAAGUCCAAAUGUUGAUGUGGUAAAAAUAUUAUAUAAAUUAGAGCAAACUUUAAGGGAAAAAAAAAAUUUGACCUUACAAAAAAAAAUGUAUAUGAAUACAUUAAGCUAAAAAUAUUAAAAGAUUUAAAUGUUUUUAAUAGUGACAUUAUGGUUGAACAUAUAAAAUCACAAGAUAUUUUUGACAAUCAUAAAAUACAAGUCAUUAAUCUAAUUUGUGAUAUUUAUUUAAAGGCUCGAUUACAUCAUGAGGGAAAAGUGUUCACUCAAAAGUUAACAAAGGAUAGGAUUCGUAAUAAAUUUAACAAAUUGAUAUUGUUUAAAAAUCAGUAAAUCGUGUUUCUAUAUAAAUAUAUUCUUAACAAUUUUGCUCCGUGAAAAAAAAAAUAUAAAAACUUAUCUCGUCAAUUUUUCUUACCACUAAAUGCCAUUUUAAUAUUACAUUUCAGGAAGCAAAACUUGUUAUAAAAUGUACUUUUUAAAGUUUCCUCUAUUGGUAUUACUAAUUAGUAUUUGAUUUAUAUCUAGGGUCCUAAAAUUUAGGAGAUGUAUAAUAUUAUGAGGGUAGUUUAGGACUUUUUCAUGUUAACAUUUUUUCACCAAAAAUAAGCUUAACUUUUUAUUUGACUAUUUCCCUCGUCUUAAUUUCCACCAAUCACAAACGCGCAAUUUUGAAUUACAAAUGGUUUCUAGGUGGAAAAACUGUAUGACAGCACCUGUCAGCAGUUUAUUCGACCUUAUGUUCUGUGUAUUCGACUUUACCCGCGGCAAAACUUGACAGCUGUUGUCACCAAAAAUUACAAUACCUUUGACAAUUAAGUUUGUAGUAUUUUGUGAUUAAAUAAAUUACCUAUUUUUCAGUUUUCAAAUUAAUACCUACAUAUUUAUUAUGUAUGUAUAAUAGGUAGUAUGUUUUGUAAGCUACAUGUAUGCAGAAUAACUGUUACUUAUGAAAUAAUCUUGUCAAAUACCAUUCGGGCAUCUAAUUUUUCCUGUGAAAAAAAUCGAAAAAACACAAUGCAAAGUAAUAUUUUUUAACAAAAUGCAUUCGUACAGGUGCAACCAGCACUCAUGCUUCUUGUUAAAAUAUUACUUAGCAACGUGUUUUUUCGAUUUUUUUCACAGGAAAAAUUAGAUGCCUUUAUGAUAUUACUUACGACAUGACAUGUGUUUGUAUUCAGAAUUGUAUUUUAAAUCGAAAUAUAAAAAUGUUGGUAGUUCUAUUAAAAAACAAAAGUUUUGCUCAUUUCUGGUGAAAGUUCCAAGAAAACUACAUCAAAAAGUCCUAAAUUACACUUCAUAUGGGUCACCCAACUUUCAUGACCCUACAUAAAUAAAAUACACAAAAGUUAAAGGGGACCACCUUUGAAAGAUACUGUUUUAGUUAAAAUGAGUUGUUUUUUAAAGUUGUUUUAUGUUGUCUGUUGUAGAUACUACACACUAAGCUUUAAUAGUUAUUUUUGUGUUUUUAUUUCAGAAAUGUAGGAUUAUAUCCUUAAAUAUUAUUAAAAAUAUGCUUUUAACUAUCUAUCUGUUUAUAAGUUUGUUAGUUUAUCUUUUGUUAUGAUAUUAUUGAAAAUAAAGUAUUUAAAUAUUUUUCUUAAGUUUUUUUUUACCUAUAGUUAUAUCACAGAGAUUAUAUAAAGUUAAUUAUGUACUAGGGUAAGUUUUUUAUUUUAUUUGCGUCCUGAAUAAAAAAAAACGAUUCUAAAAAAUACGUCAAUUCAAAUAAAAAAAUUAAAUGAGUAAAUUUAAUAUCGCAAUUUUUCGACCGUCAUAAC